CUCCCAUCCUACGUGAAUGCAGCAUAAAGUGUUGAGGUGAUCCAUGGCAACAGAGGAGCAGCAGCCAACCGCUGAGCCUGUCCUCCACACUCAGACCUCAUCUCCACUCACUCUCCGUUAAUGUAGCCGGAAUGCACCGAGCAGGAAUCACUCUGAACGGCUCCCGUUGACAAAUUUCGGUAUCAAGGUGACCGACCGGGAGCCGAGCAGCUGCCUGACAAGCGCUCCACAUCAGCGCCAGGUGACAGAGCCCGGACACGCACCUCGGAGCGCGGCAAAUGGACACAUUUCAGCGGACAACAUGCCUCGGAUAAGAAACCUACACCGUCCCGGUCCUCUCCGCCGCUCGCCGCUGUCUCAUUAGCACCGUCCAGUUUGUUGUUGCUGUCCGUAUCUCUCUCAAGCAUCUGAGGCAUCAUCGUGAAGAUGGCGACUGGGUCGGGUUGGCAGCAGUAUUACUGCCCUGCCGGUCAGGGGAAAUUUACUUCGUCCUCGGCAACCAGCAUGUCCUUUCAGUCCGGCAUCGCCAUGGAAUAUACCCAAGACCUGCACCUGAAGAUGAGCAAGAAAAUCGCACAGCUAACAAAGGUGAUCUAUGCACUGAACACAAAAAAUGAUGAACAUGAGGCAGCCAUCGCCACUCUGAAGGAGGCGCAUGAAGAGGAGGUGCAGCAGAUUCUUUCUGAGACCAGGGAGAAGAUACUGCAGUACAAGAGCAAGAUCAGCGAUGAGAUGGACCUGAAGAGGCGGAUCCAGUCUCUGGAGGAGUCCAUGGAGCUCCAUGAGAGGAUGAAGAGGCAGGCGCUGGCCGAGUUCGAGAGCUACCGCCAGAGAGUGGAGGACAUGCAGCUCUGCACCGAGGCUCAGCACACACAGCGUGUGGUGUCCAUGUCGAGGGAGGUGGAGGAGAUGCGGCGAUCCUUUGAGGAGAAGCUGCGUACAUUCAGCCAAGCCCAGGCCCAGUUUGAACAGGAGAAGAAGGUUGCUCUGGAAGAGCUGAAGGGUCAGCACAGACAAGAGAUCCAGGAGCUCCUUCGCAGCCACCAGAGCCAAAACGCCAACUACAGUAAAGACCAGGAGAAACUGGGACAGCUCCAUAAAGCCGAGGUGGAUUCUCUGACGGAGCGGGUGGAGGAACUCAAACAGGACAAGAAGAGACUGGUGGAGGAGUACGAGGCCAAACUGAGCAAGGCUCAGGCUUUUUAUGAACGUGAGCUGGAGGCCAUGAAGAGAACCCAGCAGCUGACCGCCGACAACCUGUUGGCGUGGAAACGCACCGAGGCUGAGCUGCGGCGGGAGUUUCAGAGUCAGGAGGCGGCGCUCCAGAAAACCCUCGGAAAACUGAGGACUGAGCUGGCCAGGGUAACAGAUGAGGCUCGGGAAAACAGAGAGAAGUCCCACAAGCUACAGGCAUCACUUACUGCUGCAGAGAGCUCUGUCAAGGAUUUAACCAAGCAGCUGGAUGAGGUGACCCAGAACUCAGAGAUUGUAGAGAUCCGUCAGAAGGAGGCUGAGUGUGAACUAGAGGCAGCCAGAGACCGAGUUCAGCAGCAAGCUACGGAAAUACUCCUCAAAGCCAGUCAGAUCAGCAGCCUGCAGGCCACCCAGAUGACCCAGGAAGCAGCCAUCAGGGACCUGGACAACGAGCGCAGCCGGCUGAAGGACAAGGUGCUGAGGAUGGAGGAGGAGAGAGAGGCCCUGCAGAGCCAGAGCCAAGCCCUGGAUGAAAGGCAGAAGCAGCAGAUCCAGUCCCUGGAGAAGACCCUGCGUGAGGAGAAGUCGUCCCACGAGAAGGACAUGAGCAAUGUGCGAGGUCGAUAUGAAGAGGAGACCAGCCAGAUGAAGGAGAGCCAGGCUCGAGCUCUGGAGGAAGUCGGCAAGAAGCACAGAGUGACCCUGGAGAACGCUCUCAACAGCGCUGAGAAGGACAAGAACCGCCUGCUGGCUGAGCUGGAGCAGCAGUUUGAGAGGGAGCGCCUCUCCCUGGAGGAGCAGAAGACGCUGCUCAGACAGCAGCUGGAUGAGCUGAGGGACGAGCUGACGUCCAAACUCAACGCAGCCAAUGAGGAGGUGUCUCGGCUGCAGGGGGAGGUGCAGCAGGGGGAGCAGGACAUUGGAUCAGCUGAGGGGCAGAUCUCCACCCUGAAGGAGGCACAGGACAAACUGCUGGAGGAGCUGGAUGCUACCAGGGCCAGGCUGAGGGAGACCAGCAACCUACUGACUGCGCUGCAGGGAGAGUUGGAGACCCAAAAGCGUCAGCAUGAAGCCAAACUCAUCACCACCAAAGAAGAAGAAAAACACAAGAUGGACAAGAUGGCUCUGGAGCUGGAGCUGAAAUGGACAGAAACACUCAGGCAGGAGUGUAAGAAGCUACGUGAGGAGCUGAGAGAGGAGCACGAGGAGGACAAGACCUCGGCACUGACUCAGCUGGCACAAAGCAAGGAGCAGGAACUGAGCAACGCCAGGGAGAGCUGGCAGAGGAAAGUGGAGGACCUGCUGGAACAGAUAUCCUUGUUGAAGCAGAGCCUGGAGAUGCAGCUGUCCCAGUCGCAGUCGUCGCUGCAGCAGCUCCAGCACCAGUUUAGCCAGGAGAGAGAGCACCUGAGGAUGCAGCUGGACGAGCUGCAGACGGAGCAUCAGAGGCGACAGCAGCGUCUGCAGGAGGUCCACUGCUGCGCCAUGCAGGACAUGGAGCACGCCAGGCAACGCGACCUGAAGGAGCUCGAGGAGCGUCUCCGCCAUCAUCACCAUGCAGAGCUGCAGUCUCUCAGAGAGGCUCACCGUCAGAGCAUCGAGACGCUCAAACAGCAGUCUGAACAAGAGCUGCAAACACUCCGCUUUGAACUGGAGGACGAGGGCAAAGCCAUGCUGGCCUCUCUGCGGUCAGAGCUGAACCACAUCCACGCAUCAGCCAUCGAACACCUGAGACAAACUCACCAACAGGAGUCGGCUGCUGCUAAGGCGGAUCUGGAUAAAACUCUGGAGAACAACCGGACACAGGAGCGCGAGCUGCUGGGUCGGAUCUCUGAGCUGCAGGAGGAGGUGUCCAGGAGGAAGAACCACAUCGCUCAGCUGGACCACCAGAUCCACACGCUCAACGAGAACAUCAGCACUCUGACUAAAGAACUGGAGCUGAAGGGCAAGGAGGUGCUCAAGAUCCGCAGUGAAGCCAAUCAGCAGAUUCGGGCUCAUGAACAGGAGCUAACGAAGAGGCACGAGCGGGAGCUGGCCGAGCUGAGCGCCGUCCACAGCAGAGAGACGCAGAACAUGCUGUCAGACUUCAACAAAGCCCAGGAAGUGCUCAAAGACAAGAUCUCCGCCCUUCAGAUACUGCUGGAAGGAACAGAGGAGAAGUUUAGGAACAGAGAGAGUCGUCCUGAGGAUCUGCAGAUCAUCGCUGAGCUGAAGGACAUGGUCUCUGAGAGAGAAUCUCUUGUCAAGAAGCUGGUGGAUGAUAAGAAGUUCUACCAGCUGGAACUUGUCAACAGGGAGACCAACUUCAACAAAGUGUUCAAUGCCAGCCCUAACGUAGGAGUCAUCAACCCACUCAUUAAGCAAAAGAGAAAGAAUGAGAAAACUGCAGCCAGCAGAUUCAGCAGCUCUCCCAAUCUCAGGGCUCUGGAGGCAGCAGGUAGGGGCCUGGGCGUGGUGGGUACAGGGAGUGGGCAGCCCCCGCAGCCCCCGCAGCCCCCGCCCCCGCCCCCAGCCCCGCCCAGCCGCCUAGAGCCCAUCCCCAACUCCCCCCUCCACCACCUGGAGCUCAACUCCAGCAAACCUCUUGCCCCGCCGACCCCUCCCACCGAACCCAAGAAAUUCCUGAGCCCUCCUGAAACUAAAGACUCCACCAUCGACUCCCCGGACGCCCAGCGCCAGGAGUGGUUCGCCCAAUACUUUUCCUUUUGAUCGACCACAAACCUGCAAACACAAGGAUUCAGCAUGUCAACCAAACUUAAAGAAAAAAAAACGGAGAAAAAAAACACUGAAAAAAAGCGAAAAAUUGUUAAAACUCUUUGUUAUUUAUUGUCAUUGAUAGGUCUGGGGAUCAAUUCACUUUAGAUUCAGUCAACUGAAACUGUACUCCAUGGUUUAAGAAUGAACUCUCAUUGAUGUGUCAAUGACUGCACAGAACUUGAUGUCAUUACUCUUCACUUUCGUAAAAAUGUAACGGUUCUCCACUCGCUGUCGUCGUUGACUGAGGUGAAAGUGAAUUGAACCCGACCCUGACGUCAAAUGUCAUCACUCUGAUCUGAUUUGAUUGUUUGAUUCUCUCUGAUUGUUUCACUGUGGAUGAGUUUCUCUCUUAGUACAGUGACAAUGAUCAUCAGUAUGUUUGAUGUUUAUUUCAUUUCUUUACUUCCUAACUUAUUUUGCAGUUUCUUGGAACUAGAAAAAUAAAUGAGUGGUGCAUUAUCAUGCUGCUAAUUGCCAUUGUUGGACUCCAGUAAGAAAUAUAUAUAUAUAUAAAGAACUAUAUGGUAGGUUAUUGUGCUCUCUCUGUACGUGGGCCCACUGCAUACAGCAUCUUAGACUAGGAGGGCUGAUCUAAGACCAGUUUGCCUCCUCAUUUAUGGUGACAUUUACAUGAACCUGAUCCUAGAUCAGUUACACUUCUCUGACAUGCUCCAUGAAUACAGGCUCUGAUUUUAGGACGGCACCAUCAUGGCAAGUUUGUUACAGCUGCAUAGAAGUUUCAGCAGAUUUUGGUAGAAUAUUAAAACCUGUUUGUAUGGUUGUCUGUCUCAACACAGAUAUAAUGAUGUCUCACCAAUUUUAAAAACAAAAAUAGCAUAUUUUAUAUUUAUAUUAUAAUGUGUAUGCUUAAUAAAUAAUUAUUGUGACAUUUA